AUGAUCGAGUCGGAAGACAAAAAGUAUUUACCGAAACUGAAAUAUUCAUAUACAAAAUUCGUACAAGAGGACUCCGAAAAUGAAAGCCGUGAAAUAACAAAAUUAUGUCAUCUAUUAAUAGUACAUAAUGGGGCUAUUGGAAGCAAUUCGCCUGUGUUUGUGACCGCGGACGACAUGUUCGUCGAUCAGUUUCAGAAUAAAUCUAUGAUACUAGUUGAUGACUUGGACAAACCAAAUCUACGAUUAUAUAAAAAAGCGAUCGACUUCAAAUUGACUGAUACAGCAUUUCCCGAACUUAUGACGGCUAUUGAACAAAGUUGCCGUCAUGAGUUAGGAUGGUGUCACAAGACACUACGUAAUAAAACCGCAAUGGACUUGUAUUCGAGAUCUAUUUUGCUCAAAGGCGAAAAUGACAUGAUUCUGGAAAUUUGGCCGCCAAAUCAUCAAUCAAAAAUUAUUCAACAUGUGGCUAAUACGCAUGGAAUUAUACGUAUUCUACACAAUAAACUAUUGAUCGAAUUUCAUCCAUACUUGAGUGUUAACCCAAAUCAAAAACCAUUUUUGAAACAACCAUGUGAACACGAUGAAGUCAUGUAUAUCAAACCUGGCCUAAAUCAAAUCUACAGACUGAUAAAUCCAAGAAGUACUUUGACUCUAGUCAUACAAGCCUUUGAUACAGACUCAUUCGAGUAUAUAGAUCGUGGCCAAAUCAAACAAUCCAAAAAAUUAACGGAUAUGGAUUACGAAGAAUUUAGAAAAACGAUGAAAAUAGAAUGGCAGCAAUCGAAGGAUAAUCCUUCUACUGCCUCAUGUUCAGUUGGUAAUUGGGAUGAAUGUGCUUUACAACUUGCUAAACAAAUAUACGCUUCAUUAACAAAUUGGGAAAAUAUCCAAGAAAUAACGUUGUUCGGUGGUAAACUGUGUCAUUCACAGGUUAGAGGAGGUUUUCACAGAUGGCAAUGGAAAUGGUCAGGACAAUUUUGGUGUCCACAAAUAUCAGCUUCAAUUAGUGGAGAAUCAAAAAACUUGUUAAGUAGAGCAGGUGCAGUUGAACAUGCGAUACAAGAUUAUAUAGCAAAAUGUACACAACAACAUGUUUGUACAGCUGAACAAUUACAAAAUUGGCAACAGUAG